UUAGACUCAUAAACCAGCGUGUAUAGAUGCAUGUAUGUAUUUAUACACAACUUCUUACAAAUAUUCAUCUUACAGCCUUGUGUGCUGCUGCUCUCCACAAGUUGGAAUGGGUGCAUUAGCUAAAGGUGGAGUAAUUCCUUCCUCAGCAACAGCCUCUCCUUUCCUUCUCUUUAAGUGGCAAAAUGUGACUUUUGUAGUUAGUUACUUUCAGGUCUGCUGGAAAUAAGCAAAUUGUUGCUCUGUUAGAACUUUUCAGCCUUGUCUCCAAGUCCCUUGUUUCACAGCUUCUUAAAAGAAACUUGGUACAAGUUUCUAAAUAAUGUCGCUGGGUUUUGUUGUCUGCAUGAACCCAUCUUGCAGCUUGUUCAGACAGAACUGCAAUAGCUCUGUUCUCUGUGUAAAGUCAUGAGUAAGGCUACUCAAGAAGUGGUUGCUCGUUGAAGUUUUGUUUUCUAUUAAGAAACAGUGGGCGAAGAAAGUGGAAAUUUCUACAAAACUGGGUAGAUAUGGGGUUUCUCAUUUAAUAGGAAGUUUAGUACUCCUGCAGAUGACACCAGAGUGACUGUAGGGGGUCAUAUUGAAAGUGAACGUAGCCCAGUAUUGUGUCUGCAGCAGAGACCCAAAGUGGAUGCUUAGGGAGGAAUAAAAGAAUGAGGCAUGUAAUGAUUUUUCCUUUGUGUAGCAUGGAUUUGGAGGCUCAAAAAGCACUCAAACUUUUUGAAAAACAGUUGUGCUUUGUAGGUACUUUGAGAGCAGACUCCAUUCUCUACUAGCCCAAAUAAUAGAACAUAUGCAGUAAAUGCCAAAGAUAUUUUCUCAGGAAAACAAGCUCAUUACUUUUUUAUUAUUUUCUUUAGAAAUUGUUGAGGCCAUGUAUUUGCCAUGUAUUUGCAUUUUUCUUUUUAAAUAGUUAAUAUUCUAAAUUGGGAAGAGUAGCUUCAGUAGUUUAUAGAGAACCACCAUUUGUUUGAUGAGUUUCCCAGAUCCUCAACAUGAAGAGGAGGGUGGGUCGAGACAGGUCAUGUCGGGAAACAAAUAAAAUAAGCUGCUUUCUAUUUCAGGAAGUUCAGGAAGAGAUGGGAGAGCUGCAGGAAACAUCUAACUGAUACUCUGAAGAAGCAGCAGAAUUUUUGUUGACCUCCUCAGUCGUGCUUAAUUUGCACCUUGGGCAAAAACUGAUUCUUUUUUAAAUGAUUCUCUGGGCCUGUCUUCUAUUAAUGCAGUUAUUAUCUCUGUCUACUGUUAGCCAAAUUUGAGGAUAGUCUUUGAAGCAUGAGGAAAGUGAUGUGCUGGAGGAAGUGCCUGAACUUCUCAUCCUUUAUGGAAAGAAUAUAUUGUGUUACAAGUAUUUUUAACUGUCAUUAGUUCUUUCAACAGAUCUGUCUGGGAUAAUACUUUUCUCUUGAACUGCUUUAUGAACUAGAAGAGGUGCUUGGUUAAGAAUUGUGCUUUCAGUUUUCUCUUUCUGGAAGCAAAGGCAAGAGAAAACUAUUCAUGAUUCUCAUUCUGGGCUCAAAUUCACACCUAACUUGUCCUCUAAUCAAUCUGUAAAAGUCACAGGCUUGAAAUAAAAGGUGCUUGGUAUAAAUAAAGCUUAUAGCACAUAUAAAAAUAGGAGAAAAGAGUUCCCCCUAGUUUAAGUAAUGAUAAAAUAAGUGUCUGCAAAGGUUUAACAAGACAGUCAUUCACAAGCAGGGAUCAUCAGUUCCUGGCAAAAAUAUUCAGAGGAUCAGUCUGAACUGCAAGACACUACCUAGACACAGAUAACCUCCAGAACAUGUCCAGAUUUGGCAAUUUUACUGAAGUACUCAGAUAACAUAAUACAUCUUUAAACAUUUAAACAUUCCUUCUUUCGUCUAUCUGUGAUAUAAAACAGCUCCCACCCCUUGACGUUAUAGACUAAGUGAUUCAGAUCUACUGGCUCUUGGUUGUGGAAAAAUCUGCCUGGAGGUCAGUCGUGGUUCAUACCACAAGCAGCCAUCCUUUUUUCUCUCUGCUUAACUUCAGCUGGCAUUUUUAAAUGGCUACAUGUGUCCUUACUUUCAGCUGUGUUCGAUUAAAGGUCUGCAUGGAGUGUUAUGCCAAGUGUAAGGACCUCUAUGUGCUCCGUGCAUGUGGGAGCCUGUCUGUGAAGGUUAGCUGGCCCCUGCUGUGUCCAAGCAGAAAGUAAAGGAGGUGACUGUAAUUCAAGGGCCAGGAGAGCCUAGAGGAGGCCAUUGCUGCUGCUCUGGUGGUAUCGCUGUAUGAGCACUUUCCUGUCUACUGGAAGAGCAGCAAAUUGAUCCAUCCCAGAAACUGCCCCAAUAGUCUCAGAGAAGUUCUGCUGUGUCCCUGAAUGUCUUUUCUGAAACUGGAGGAAGUUUCUCCCUGCCCCCCCAUUUCCUGUACACAACAAUCAGACUUCAGUAAUUGCGACUUUUUUGAUUUACAAACCCACAUGAGACUUUUUGGAUUCAUUAUGCAUGAACCCAAGUGUAUCUGGGGAUGAAUAAUGCUCCUUCAUUUUCCUUUGCACUGAAUAGUUUUGGGGGCUGCGGGUUUUGAUUCCUUAGGUAUUUUAACAGAAAUGCAUUUUUCCUUUUGAGAACUCUCAGAAAUAUGUUCCUUUAAGAACCUCCUACAUGGUAUGUGUUUGCAGUUUGUAAACACAGUAUGUCAAAGAAUGAUUUGAUUCAGUGGCGGAGCAGCCAGCUAUUUGCAUGUCAUGAGGUCUAAGGGAAACAAACUGACCCUCAGCCUUCCCCCAUCCAGCCAAAUUCUGAUGGGACCCUCAAAUAGCUCUGGCAAAGUGUUCUGUUUCUUUUGGACUUGAUGAAUGCUUGUUUCUGUGAAGGCAUGUAAUUAUUUCUUCCUUUAUUUUGCUGCACAAGUUACCAAGAGAAGCAGCUUAAAACAAAAUAACACGUGGAGAACCCCAACAGAAUGACCAGCAGUCACACAGACUGUCAUUACUGCCUGCAGUCUCUUCGUGGAAGGAAAUAUGCACUGAGAGGUGAAAAUGCUUAUUGUGUUGCAUGUUAUGACAGCCUGUAUGCCAACCCCUGUGAAGAGUGCAAACAACCUAUUGAGUGCAAUUCCAAGGAUCUGGCCUACAAAGGCCGCCACUGGCAUGAGAGGUGCUUCAAUUGUGCCAAGUGCAGUCGCUCACUGGUGGAGAAACCAUUUGCUGCCAAGGACGAGGUCUUGCUGUGUACUGAAUGCUACUCUGAUGAGUAUUCAUCUAAGUGUUUCCACUGCCAGAAGACCAUUAUGCCAGGUUCCCGUAAAAUGGAAUUUAAGGGGAGUUCCUGGCAUGAAUCCUGUUUCGUUUGCCAGUAUUGUCAGCAACCUUUGGGAACAAAACCAUUAAUCACCAAAGAUAAUGAGAAUUACUGCGUGCCCUGUUUUGAGAAGCAAUUUGCUCACCAUUGCUACUCUUGCAAGAAGGUAAUAACUUCUGGAGGGGUGACCUGCCAUGACCAACCUUGGCAUAAAGAAUGUUUUGUUUGUGCUGGGUGUAAAACCCAGCUGUACGAACAAAGGUUUAUUUCAAAAGAUGAGUACCCAUACUGUGUGGACUGUUUCAGCAAACUGUAUGCUGAGAAGUGUGCGGCUUGCAAGAAACCUAUUACAGCUCUCGGAAGUGCCAAAUAUAUCUCAUUUGAAGAUCGUCAGUGGCACGGGGAAUGCUUUAACUGUGCCAAAUGCUCUGUCCCACUGGUGAGCCGGGAAUUCCUCACUCGGCAGGAUGACAUCCUUUGCCGUGAAUGUGGCUCUGCUUCAUAGUUCUGUGGAAAGCUGUACAGCUGCAUUAUUGUCACUCUGUGACAACAUAGUUCAUUACUCUGCUGUAAGAAAACCAUAUGAAAGUUGUGACAGUUAUUUAGUCAUUCAAAUAACUUUCCCUCAGCAGUUUAAUUCUAUCAUAUCUUUAACUGCUUAUAAAAAAAUUUAAACAGCCCCAUACUGGUUAAGAAAAUGGUGUAGAAAAGAUUUGUAUAUACUUUAAAUCUAACUACAGUGUGUGUUUUCCUUGUAACACACUGCACUCUGCUGUUAGAAGCUUAAAAAUUUACCUUUCAUCUCCCAUGAAACCAAGGAGGAUUGUGAAAAGUCUAUAUGGUAUAUGAAUAAUGAUGAGGCAUUACCAUUGUUUUACAGAUGCCGAUCGGGGCAUGGAAAGCUAGGCAUGUACAUUUUUCUAUUGGAUCAUAACAUUGAUGAGAACAACUCAUAAGUAUUAUAUUCAUCCACACUUUGGACCAAAAAGAUGUUGACAAAGCAGGCAGAAACUGUGAGGAGGAGGUGCUUCCACACAGAGGGCCACUGAGUCAGAGAGGCCCCUUCCAGAGCUAGAUAAAGGGAAAAAAAGGUCACUUUCCUCCCCUUACUGGGAUUGCUCCUCAAAAACAUAGUCUUCAGCCAUCCAAAACACUACAACACAGGUUCUUUCCCAAAUUUGGGUAACUGUGCCUAAUUUUUCAGACAUAGUUGCUCUAGAGUAUAAAUAAACCCGUAUUUUGA